CAAAUUUCCAUCUAGCAGUUACUUCCGUUGAUACAAACUAUAUCUCUUAAAGCGGUUAAUUAUUCACUCCAACCUUGAUUAGAUGCGUCACGUCCAAUGCAUGGCAAUACCGGGUGGGCCUAGCCGUACAAGCGUUUCCUGACCCGCUGUACAUGGCAAGGCUUAAUUGUUAGUGAGGGUUAUAUAUCUUUGUCAACGCCACCAGGUGCUUUUAUUAUACUUCUCUACUAUAUGCCACCGAUGUCUAAUCACGAUCCAACUACGCCAAAGAGCUCGGGUUCCAUUAGGAAAUCAGCCCUGUCUUUGAAGAGAAUGUUUGGUGUCUCGAGGGUGAGGUCCAAGACACGGGAGGUUCCACCCCUGGAUGUGGUUCAAGUUUUGACACCUCCUCCAUCCUCCCAGAAAGACAAUAGCAUGCCCCAUGACCACAGUUUUGACUCACCCUUGGGCCGCCUAUCUCAGUCUACCCGAGGGCCGCUUUUCGGUAAUAUAUUUGAGGAUUCCCCAUCACAGUCUCCCAGAGUAGCAUCUGUUGCGUCUCAUGACAGUCAGUCACUGCCCAGAAGCCUCAUUGAUACCACCUCGGUAUUUUUUAACGAACCCCCCACCUCCUUCCGCAAUACCAACGAUAACUUCGUUACACGCAUGUGUUGUUUCUGCUCAGAAAUGAUGGUAAACAGCCUACCGGGAGAACGAUACCUUAGUUUGACCUGUUCCCACCACGCCCAUUAUGAUUGCUACAAGUCGAUGGUUGACCCGGUGCAUGUAGAAACAUUGCCAGAGUGUUUCAUUUGCAAGAAAAAGACCCAAUGUGACGAUGGUUUUAUACAGGCAAGAAUUAUCCGGGAGGUUCUUACUUCGGAAGAGAGGGAGGGUCCUUUCCAAUCCCCGGGUAAUAUACAACCUUCCUCGACCAUAUCUGCUCGCUACGCGCCCACUCCUGUCACUCCUGUUAGCAAAAGCCUCCUGGCACAGCUCUUGACUCCGCCACGCGCGGGUGGAGGAGGGAAAGAGCCAGACACGAUUAGUUCACCUCUUUCUGGUUAUGGAACUUUGGCUUCGGUGAUCAACUCGGGUGAACAUUUUUGGCUUCGCAACAAAGAUAAUAGAGUCCAACAACUUUUGAGUCCACAAGUGGAUAUAAUUUUGGAAAACAAAGAUUUAACCUUUGGAAGAUCUUCCCCCUUGACUGUACCAUUACUCCUCGAGAUCAAACCCCCCCUUGCCUCCGCGAACCUGUCUUACCCGAGACAUGAUAUUCCCGAAGAGUGGGCUCUGGAUGAGGACUUUCAGUUGCGCGAAGCCAUUGCUGCUGAAGUUAUUAUCUUUUUGAAAUCCCGCUUGCCAGUUUUCUCAAGGUUGCACUCCACGUUCGGGGAUUUGAUCGUGUUGGACUCGUUUGAGUUGAGUGUUGAUGGUAAGAAGCGGGACCCUGUCCAGCUCUACCUUUUUACCAAGGCUCUCCUCAUCUUGAAUCCGGAUUCGAGUGCCAUUCUUGGACAGAUCAAUCUAACCGAGAAUAUUGUUUCGCUCAACAAGAUUGAUGAUUACUCCUUGAUUAUUGACUUGCGCAUUUCGCCCUUACUUGAGUUGCAUCUCUACUCGAAGAACCCUAUCGUCACGCACAAAUGGGAAAACCUCUUGACUAAACGCAUGCUUAAUAUUGGUGUUCGUCGUCUACCAUUAUUACAACUCACCACAAAUUCCUGGCCGUUUUUAAAGGUUAUCACCGGGCUGAGCAAUGUUGAAAUACCAUCGUCAGUGAAUGUGGCAAACCGGCCCCUUAACAAGCAUCUGAAAUUUUCCAUGGACGUGUUGAGCAGAUCCAUCCCACCCCCAUUGCCCUUGCCGGUAGUCCUAAUUGUGGUGAUGUCGUUGGUAAAUACCACCAACUUCUCGUCGCAGGCUUACACAGCCAAGAUGAAAUCCCUCUUGGUCAUAAUCCGUCAUAGCCUUAAACCUGGCGAUAAACUCGGGCUUGUGUUUGUCGGAAAAAAUGGAAGGGGUGAGGCUUGCAAGAGUGGCACUUUUGUGGGGUGUUUGGACCCUACAUGGGAUGGCUGGCAAACCAUAAUAGAUGGACUAAGGACUAUCGAGCCCUCUUUGCCCGAUAUCACACCUGAUGGGUACGAGGAAAUCAUGUUUGGCUUAGAAAACGCGUACAAGUUGAUCUCCAUGUUACCCUCGCUGCUACGCGAUAACAGGUCUAUUAUCAAGGAAAUCGUCUGCUUUUUACAGCCUGUACAGUCUGUGCCCCCUACUCCUGAGUACUGGGAAUCACAAUUACGCAAAUGUCUCGAAUUCUUGUUUGACUAUUUAUUUACCAUCCGUGUGGUGGUCGUGGGAAGCUAUUCGGCUAGUCAUGAGAAGCUAAUCGAGAUUGGGGCUGUGUUCUCGAAGCAAGGGUCCGAUGGGGCUACACACGAUAAAGAUUCAAACCAUAACGCGGUUAUAAACUAUUCUUUUCGUGUCAAGAGGUUUCAGUCCUUGGACGAGUUGGAAGCUGGGUUGGACGACUUUUUGGUCGGAAUCCAGCAAAUAUUAAUACCCCAAGUCAGGAUCAAGCUUGAAUCGGCAUUUCCAGAGAUUUUCCGAUUCAGUAAGGUGGAAAACGAUGGGGAGUUUGUUGAAUUCGACACUGGACACCUUGAGUUCAAUGUGAAUGACUUGCAUCAACGUACCAACAAGACGAUUCUGAUUCAAAUGCGCUUGCAAACUAAAAGCCUCAUCCCCCAGGGAAGGCUGUUCACUGAGGAGUUCCGGCGGUUUGAAUUGCUCAACUUUAGCUUUACAUGCUUGUCUAAGGCAGUUUCCCAUAGCUCGGUCUGUGCAAAUUUCAAGAUGACGCAUGAAGAUAGGGAAUGGGAUGAAAGUAUUUUUUACCCCUUGGAUCUGGUGAGUACUAGUUCGAUUAUUCCCCAACAAGUUGAAAUGGCGGAUAAUCACAUGCUGUUAAUGGACUUCCCAUUGCUUGUCAUGCCGGUUUCGUCUCCAAAAGAUUGUGCCUUCUCAAAGAGACAAUUGGAGCGGAUAAUUUCCUCAGCCAUGAAGAGGCUUAUCGGGGCCAUUGGUAAGCAGCUGUCUGGAUCCUUUACGCUCACCAUGUUAUGUGAGAGUAUUUUACGAGAAACCAUGUCGGUAGUAUUUGGAAUUAUCAGGAAUUGCAAACACACCCCUAGCAAGACUAGCUUUUCCAGUGAACCGGAUGAAAUAGCGAGGGAGAAUCACUUGACGUACAUGUAUACCCUACAGGAGUCCUUGAAGAGUAUUUACCAAAGGUUUCAAGGGGUCGGAAACAGUCGUGAUGAUGUGUUAAGUGCCUGUCAGGAUUUACGGUAUCACUGCAUGUUGCAAGACUGAGCAUUAUCUGGUGUCUAUAGUGAGAUUUUAUGAUGCAAGUACAUGUGGCUGGUGGAACGCUAAAGGGAGAUAUUUUGGUAUGCCUCAUGCAAGCGUAUAUGAAUGACACGGAAGAGCGCUAUUGCUUAGGGAACGUUACGUAGAAGGUUAUUAAGCCCAAAAUCUGUGUAAUAGAUAUAUUGCAUAAAUCAUAGUUUG